GAGGUCUGCUUCAUGCUCUUUCAGCCCAACACUGCAUCAUACUACUUUACUGUAUAGUACAGAUACUAUUCUGCCGCUCCUGGUUGGAUAAGGCAACAAUAGCCCGGGAUGAGGUUGCGGAAAAUUAUUCCUGGCUUUCAUGGCGAACUACUACUAAUACCUGUACCACGGGCAGUCAACGAUGCCCCCAAGAUGAGUCUCAACAACGUCCUUGGCCGACGCUUCGACGCGUCAUCAGGCCGGAACAACAACACAACUACCACCGUUCUGUGAACGUAUAUGGCUACAGGAAAAGAAGCUGUUCCCAGAUAACACCGGCCCCAAGCCCGUGGCUUGAGGCCACCCGCUGGUCGGUGGUUCGGAGGUAGGAGGCCGGACACAGCCCUCCAAUAAUGGCUGGCGCAAUUGGCUGAUGGUUGGACAACGGGCCGAAAGAGCUUGCGUACACCAUAAUGUUCCUGAUCGCGUGGGACCCAGGCCAUCCCUUUGAUUCAUGGGCGGGAAAAGGUAAGCAUGACUUGAGCCAUGUCGGAAUCUUGACUUGCGUUUCCCCGGUCACUUGUUGCUCUUACAUAUAGAUGGGCAGGUGAGCCAAGUGACAAAUUCGCGGCUCUCCUCUCGAUGCUUUACCUUCUGGUUCUCAUCGCCAAAAUACAAAAGGUGUGGCCGAGUUGUUGUCUACUUAGAUCUGCUGAGCGCCAGCGCUUGAACAUUGCUCGACCCCUCGACCCUCUGAGACAGCACAGCAUAGGAAAACAGCAAUGCCACAGAACAAGCUCUUUCUUCUCUUCGCAAACACCCUUCUAACCAGCGCUGUUAGCGCCCAAUUCACUGGGUGGUGGGGAGACUCUGACAACGGUGACGGCUCUGAUCCUCCCGGAUCCUGGGGCGGCAGCGGUAACAGCAACAAUGAUGGCGACGGGACUGGCAGCUCCUCGACCGGGCAAUUUGGCCAGGACUCGGUAUUUGGUUCUUCGACUGCUUUCAAUCGAGCCGGGCGAAUCCUCAUCGGCCAUGCUGUCCUAGCCUCUUUAGUCUGGGUCAUAUUCAUUCCGUCGCUUGCGAUUCUCCUGAGACUGGACCUCAAGAGCCCGAUGGUGCUCAGAAUUCAUGCUGUAGGUCAGAUAGUCAGCUACAUCAUUUAUAUCGGCGCUGCCGGCAUGGGUAUCUGGCUGGCCCAGCAGUCAUCAGCUUUUGGUGUCUGGAACGACCCUCACCCGAGACUGGGCCUUGCCAUUCUUGCCAUGGGCCUCUUCCAACCCGUCUUCGGAGCGAUUCACCACAGUAUCUACAAAAAGCGCGCCCUCAACGCGCAGGCGGGCAGACAACCCAAGGCGCCAGGUCGGACAUGGGUCGGGCGCGUUCAUCUGUGGCUAGGUCGUCUUUUGCUGUGCCUAGGUGUGAUCAACGGUGGCCUUGGGAUCAGACUGGCGUCUCACAGCCCGUUUCAAACUAAUAAGACCUCCAACAAGGUCCGCAUCGCGUACGGGGUGGUUGCGGGAGUGAUAGCUCUCCUCUACCUGAUCAUUGUGAGCGUCUUUGAGGCCAGGCGGAUGCGGCAUCAAAACGAGAGGCGGCAGCAGCAUGUCGACAAGUCGACUGCUACAACGGACCGCCUCCCUACAUAUGAACAGAGCGAAGAAUCACUGGGCAGUAACCGUCGUUAUGGAUAGGAAGGGUGUCUUGAACGUGUCGCUAUGAUCAUGAUGGUAACAGGACUGGUUAUGAUCUAAUACAAUAUGGGUUGGGCGUAACCGUUUUCUCAGCAGAGUGAUUGGAGGAAAAGUGAAUGGCGCGCUCGACGCGUGUCAAUCACCAAACCCCCGGAAUCAAUGCGUAGGGUACAUCCCGCUUCAUCUUCAUCCACUGCUCUCCAUAUUUGUUAGCCAUGUACUCGUCCAGGAUGGGGAUGGCCCGAUUGGCAAAGUCCCAUAAAAAGAAAGACAUCACAGCAGCACCCCAUAGAGGGCCGCCGCAGGCCAUGGCAUAGCCUCCACGCCACAGGCUGUAUCCCAGAUACGAUGCAUGGCGCACAACCGAAAAGAUACCGCCACGAUAAAUCUUCCCCUCGUUUUCUGGCCUGUCUUUGAACCGUUUCCGCUGAAUCUCACCCACGGUUUCGGUUAGGACUCCCGUAAAGAACAAAGCCGAGCCGGCGUAUACACUCCACGGCUCGAAAUACGUCGGAUUCUCGCCCGCCAGAUCAUACGCAAGCGUGUUCAGGGUAUUGUUCAAGGUGUUGAAGACGGCGAUGAUGGCGGCCGCUGCUGGAGAAAUGGGUUCGUUGCCCAGGAAAAGAGCCCAGAAUAUGUGUUUGGCGGCCGACCCGAUGGAAUACGCCCACACCAAGCUUUGGUACGGGGCCAGGCCUGUGCCAGCAAGAGGGAGGCCGCCUGUGGGCGGUGCUGCCGGCGGAGACAGGCCCAGCAGUCUGGCAAGAUGAGGCAGAGGAGAAUGAAGCAGUAGCUGUCUCUGUAACAAUGGGUCAAGCGCCCGCAGACCUAUGAAGAUGGCAGUCCCCAGGGGUGCCUUUCCUCUGCUGCCUCUGGCGACGAGAUCGUAGCCGUGGCCGUGGCCGGGGCCUUUUGCUGGAGGUGGUUCACCUGGCAUUGCCGCACUUGCACCCUUUCAGGAGCCAAAUGAAAUGAUGUAGAGCAAGCUGUUGACUUGGCCUGCGGGGAACUUCAAGUUGAGGAGUUGCAGUGUGUCAGUGCCUUUUAAAGCGGCUGCCUACCUAGGUAUAUUUCGCUCCAUGGGAUCCUUAUUUCGCACCAUUGCCAAGGCCAGUUCUGAUAUAAGGUUGCUAAGUGCUUAGAGAUUACA